UCUUCCUCUUCUUCUUCUAAAUUGUAGUCCUACUAAUGAGGACUUAACUAAUUUCUUUAACAAAUUCUACUCAUUUUAAAAAUAUACUGAUGGUGAUAUUUAUACUCUCUAACUUGGGCACUCAAACAAUAGCCCCAGAUGAUGCUGUGAUCAUUCUUGGCUGAUGCUCUCUCAACCCUUCACUUAAUUCGUCGAAAUUUCACCUUUCGCCCCUUCAUUUUCAGUUGCAAAUUCUACUACUUCACUGUACAAGGGAUGGCUGGAAAGAUUGCUGCUAGUCAAGUGACAUCAUCCUUUGACUUUGAGCUUGUUGGAGAUGAUUCUGAUCAACUCACAACUGUCGUUGCAUCAUCCAAUCAGAUUAGCCCAUGGAUUGAUCCUUCAAAGAUUAAGCUUCGACAUAGAAUUGGAAGGGGUCCCUUUGGUGACGUUUGGUUAGCAACUCGACAUCAAGCAACUGAAGAAUAUGAAGAGUAUCAUGAGGUUGCUGUUAAGAUGCUGCAUCCUAUAAAAGAAGAUGCCAUUAAUGUUGUAUUGCGUAGGUUGGAUGAUUUGUUCUCCAAGUGUCAAGAAUUAGAAUCUGUUUGUAGGAUGCAAGGUCUCUCCAUGAUAAGUGGAAAGUUAUGCAUUGUUAUGAAGUUCUAUGAAGGCUCGAUUGGUGAUAAGAUGUCCCGCCGUAAGGGUGGAAAGCUCUCACUGCAUGAUGUUUUAAGGUAUGGAACUGAUCUGGCACAUGGAUUAAUGGAGCUGCAUUCAAAAGAGAUCCUAAUUCUCAACCUUAAACCUUUCAAUUUUCUACUGAACGAAAAUAACCAUGCUAUACUAGGCGAUGUUGGAAUUCCUUAUGUACUGCUUGGAAUUCCAUUGCUGAGUUUGGAGAUGACUCGAAGACUUGGUACUCCAAACUACAUGGCACCUGAGCAGUGGCAGCCAGAAGUUAGAGGUCCAAUAUCAUUUGAGACUGACUCAUGGGGAUUUGCAUGCAGCAUCGUGGAGAUGUUGACUGGUGUGCAACCUUGGAGUGGUAAAUCAGUUGAUGAAAUUUACAGGUCUGUUGUGAGAAGGCAAGAAAAACCACAUAUUCCUGCUGGUCUUCCUCCUGCUGUUCAGAAUAUCAUUAGUGGUUGUUUUGAGUAUGAUUUGAGGAGUCGUCCUCUAAUGGAAGACAUACUGAAUGCAUUGAAAAGCUCACAGAAUGCAGUUUUCCAAGAUGGAAAUUGGAUUGAUCCUGGGGGUAGAAAGAUUACAGAGAAAUCAAGUUCUACUGGCUACAGCGAGUGGUUUCUCUCGAAGGAUUGCCUGCAAGUGGGUGACAUGGUUCGAUCAAGAAAACCACCAGACUCAUGCAAACCUGAAAAUAUGGAGGUGCCCGAGGGUACUGUAGUAGGUUUGGACCUCAACAGUGACCAAAAUGGAUAUGUUUUAGUUAGGGUACAUGGCAUUCAUGACCCCUUAAGGGUUAAUGGAUCUACACUGGAACGUGUAAGUUAUGGAUUUGCUGCUGGAGAUUGGGUGCGAUUGAAGGCUGAAGGAAAGAAACAUUCGCCAGUAGGUAUCCUUCAUCUAAUCAACCGUGAUGGGAGUGUAGCUGCUGGAUUUAUAGGAAUGGAGACACUUUGGAAGGGAAGAUAUUCAGAGCUCCAGAUGGCAGAAGCUUACUGUGUUGGGCAAUUUGUUAGGCUGAAGUCUGAUACAUUUAAUCCUCGAUUUGAAUGGCCCCGAAAAAGAGGUGGUGAGUGGGCAACUGGGAGAAUUUGUCAAGUCUUACCAAAUGGGUGCCUUGUUGUUAGGUUUCCUGGUAGGUUGACAUUUGGUGAAGAAAAUAGCAGCUUUUUAGCUGAUCCAGCUGAAGUUCAAAGUGUUUCUUUUAGCACUUCUCCUGGAGUGGUGAAAAAGUAUCAGCACGUUGAGGAUUUUCACUGGGCAGUCCGGCCACUUCUGAUUGCUUUGGGUCUAUUUACUGCUAUGAAGCUGGGCCUUUUUGUUGGCAAAAAGAUUAGCAGGUCAAAGAUAAGGAAGGGACGGACUAAUGUCAUACCAGGUGAAGCUCAAUCUUUGGAAGGCCACACUGCUGGCAACACGGGCUGGCUUCCACCCCAAGUGGCAAACAUCAUCUUCAGAGAAGGUGUCAGUGCACCUACAUCUUGGUAGUUCUCAUGCUUUAGUCAGCUUGCCCAAGCAAGUCUUGCCCUUUCCAGAAAAGGCUCCACAGAUUUGUAACCUUUGCUUAGGGAAUUCAAAGCACAACCUUGCUUAUAUUUGCAAAAACAAAUCCUGUAUACAUGAUUGUUGUAAAUAUAUGUUUGGUGGUUGGAACUAUUGCUGCCUUUUUUUCUUGUUA